AAAUAAUCAUUCUCAAGUGAAGAGUUAGAGAAUACCAAUAUCGAAAAAAUUGUGCAAAUCAAACUUAUUAAAGUUGAGAAUAAAGGAUAAUAUCAUAUUUAAAUUGUGUUUUAUAUAAAAUUAAAAUAAAAUAAAAAUGCCGACCAAAAUUGUGUUGCUGUUCGUAGUGUCUCUAUUAUCCUUGGCGGAUUUUUCUUAUGGACAAAAAUGUAAUGAAUGUAUGAGCAACGGAGUUUUGUGUGAUAGUCCUAAUAGUUAUGUUCUAUGCGAUGGUGGGAUUCCAAUGGGUAAACCUAAAACAUGUGGAGACAAAAAAUGCACUAAUUCAGAUGCAAUAUGUGAGAGUGAAGCAGAUAUUGACAGCAAAAAACUUGUAAUUCCAUGUAAAGGCAGUUGUGCCAUAUGUCCAGAUAGUAGCGCUACACACAAAGGAUUUACUUGUGUUUCUCAAAAGGAAUAUGUGCGUUGUGUUGAUCAAGUACCAAUUUAUAGUGCCCUUUUCGAAUGUGACACCGAUGAGGUGUGCAGUAAUGACCUAUAUCAGAAGGACAAAAAUAUAUGUGCAAAAGAAUGCGUAUUAGACCAUUAUGGUAUGACCAAGACUUGCGCAAGUCUAGUUAGUCCAACACAACCACCAACAACAACAACAUCGUCACCUGGUCAGUUAGAAGCGGUGUGUUCAGCGGUACAAACCACCAAAACAUAUUUCUACACCACGAAUACUAAUGAUUUAACUUGUAGAGCAUACGUUUAUUGUGAGAAACGAAGUAAUCCGGUCGGUUGGACAGCUAUUGGUAUGGCCUGCCCAGAAGGUUAUUUCUCAGAAGUACAACAAAAAUGUGUAACGGGGGAGAAGCCAUCAACAUGCCCUGUGGCACAAGUCACAACCCUCGCACCUUAAGAGGUUGUGCAAUUUUAAGUUGAUAAUUAAAAAUUGAAUAAUUUACAAUAUUACUUUUUCUCAAAUCUUAUUAAUCUAUA